GGCUAUAUUUCCUAUUUCAUCGAACAGGGUUUCGUUCAAUCCGACUCUCACCUGAUUCACUUGUUGAGGUCGUACUUUUUCGCCUUUCCCGAUUCUCAAUUUCAACCUCUCUACUUUUUGCACUCCGCACUCUUGGCAGAUUAACAUGUGCCUCCAAGUCUUCUUGGAUAUAUCCCGUACUCGCAGAGUUGAGCAACUUCAAUCUAUCAUCCUACCUAACCAAUUCGUAAUAAAACGGCUCACGGCACCGACGCUAGCAUCCAUAGACGGAUGCCAUGUAUUGUCAUCAAAGUCCUCGUAAUUCAAUCUAAUUACAAUAGGAGAUACAAAUUAGCGGCACCGAUGCCACGAGUCUCGCCAUGCUUCCCCGCUCAUAUUUGGAAUAUCUGUAAGUAUAAAGUAAUAGGCUUUUCGAACACUUUCUCUGGGCCGAGCCACUCUCCUUGUACCAACUUACUGCAAGAAUUUGCUCCCCUCACAGCCAUCAUGCGCCUCUCUUCAAUUGUCGGCAUCUUCUGUGGCAGCCUUGGAUUCGCUGCAGCAGAUAACUUCAUCAUAAAUCACAAUGAUGGUCGUUAUCAGGCAUGCUUUAUUGAUGGGCAUGAAUGGUGGUUCUGUAGCAAGUAUUACGAGGGAGAUUGGAGCGCGCAAACUUCCCGUGUACAAAUUGGUUGCGGCUAUCAAUAUCAGAUUAGCGAAGGCGUGGUCACAAUGACUUCGGACAACGGAUGUGGCUUUAAAUCACACUGCUCUUUGGCGUGGGAUGAUGAUACAGGGAAGAUGGGAUGCAAUUUGAAACUAGACCAUGCCAACUGCUAAACGUGAUCCGUGGAAUUACGAAUCAUAACUUCCAAGGCUUGAAUCGACCGCUUUGCCUAGCACUGACCAACGCUUCCGAGGGAUAUGCUCCAAAAGUUGUGACUCAGUUGUAAUCCACCCAUUCAUAAAUUUAUCUUAUCCAUAAUAAUUAUACAACAUCAAUAGCUAUCAUUCGGCCUCUGAGCCUAUAU